GUGACAAAUAAUGAAAGGACUGGAUUAAUUUCUUCUGAUCAACAGAAACAACAAGGUUACAAAGCAGUCAAUGAUUCACCUCAAGUGAUAACUUCUGACCCUUCACCAUUACCUGAAAAUUCUCAUGAUAAGCUUAUAGCUAGAAAAUUGAAUGGUGUGCAUCUUUUUGCUAUACUUAUAGGGUUGUGGGUGGGUGUAUUCUUGGCUUCCUUGGACAGUAGUAUUGUUGCCACUGUUUUUCCUCAAAUUGGUACAGAAUUUCAUAGAUCAAACGAAGUUGUAUGGGUAGCCACUUCUUACAUGUUAAGUUAUACUGCGUUACAGCCUUUAUAUGGACGAUUGUCAGAUGCUUUUGGACGUAGAACAAUUUAUCAGUUUUCUGUUAUUGUCUUUACUUUUGGAUCUCUUUUUUGUGGAAUGGCAACGAAUCUAUGGACAUUGGUAGCGGCAAGAACUGUGGCUGGUAUUGGUGGUGGUGGUUUGAACAUUAUGUCAUCAGUGGUAACUAGUGAUUUGGUCCCUUUACGUGAAAGAGGUAAAUAUCAAGGUUAUGCAAAUCUUUGGUUUGGUACUGGUGCUCUUUUAGGUGCUCCAUUAGGUGGAUGGUUGACAGAUACUGUGGGCUGGCGCGUUUGUUUUUAUCUCAAUUUACCACCCUUACUUAUCUCUCUCUAUGUGGGUACAUUUAAAUUGACCAAUUACAAUAUAAAGGAACAAGAAAUGGAAGGCACAACAACAACGACUAUGGAUAGAGUCAAGAAAAUAGAUUAUGCUGGUGCUGUGCUACUUGUUGCUUCUAUCUUGGCUUUUAUGGUGGCAACUUCUUUGGGUGGCAAUUCUCGUCCUUGGACUGAUCCUCUAGUGGUGGCCUUACUCGUGGUUUUUGUGGUAUUGAUCCUAUUCUUUAUCGUAGUAGAAAAAAAUUAUGCAGAAUUACCUCUGGUACCUUGGUAUGUUAUCACUGCUCGAACCCCUUUAGCAUGCUCCGUAUCAAUUUUUUGUAGUAUCAUCAGCUCCUUUUCUAGUACUUUUCUUGUCCCUCUUUUCUUCCAGGCGCUACUAGGAUAUUCUCCUUCUGAAUCUGGUAUCAUGUUCUUACCCAAAGUAAUCAGUGGAUCUAUGGGUUCUUUAUAUGCUGGUAUGCACAUGAGCCGUACUGGUGAAUAUAGAAAAUAUAUGAUCGUCAAUGCUGGACUUCAAUUUGUGUCAUCGGUUUGUUACUGGUGUUGGAAUGCUGGCACUCCUACGUAUUUGAUGUAUCCUGUUCUGUUUAUCGAUGGUUUCUCUAUUGGAUCCAAUAUUACAGCAUGUUUGAUUGCUCUACUUUCAUGUGUCGAAGCGAAAGAUAUUGCCACCAUUACUUCUAUCUCAUACCUUUUCCGAACUACUGGUAGUGUGAUUGGUGUUUGUGCAUCUCAAGCUAUCUUUCAAGGUGUAGUGAAAAAUAUUCUUACUAAAGAAAUCACUGGUCCUGACGCAGAAGAGAUCAUUGAUAUUGCCCGAAAAUCCAUGAUGCAAAUACGACAAUUGUUGCCUUCAUCUGUUCUCGGUAUCGUAUUGAAGAGUUAUGAACAAGCCAUUCAAUAUGCAUUCUUCUUCUGUGCAGUGUUUGCAUUCAUUGGAUUUGUCUGUACUUUUUUUGUUCAACAACAUUCCCUCAAGAAAUAGAAAUCAUUGAUUUGAUUCUACCCUCCCCCCCCGUCUUCCUCGUAGUUUAGUUCUGAUAUAUAUAUAUAUACUUUUUUUUUGUAUUUGUAAACCUUAUUUAUUUAUUCAAUAAAGAUAAUGAUUUUAUACAACA